AUGACAACACCUCCGUGUCUCCUCCCGGCUCAGGCUCUCCGGCAGCCCCGGGUCCACGGCCUCUCCCAGAUAACCAGCAGCCUGUACAUCAGCAAUGGUGUGGCGGCCAACAGCAAACUCUUGCUGUCCAGCAACCGCAUCACCACGGUCAUCAAUGUGUCGGUGGAAGUGGUCAACACUUUCUUUGAGGAUAUCCAAUACAUACAGGUGCCGGUGGCUGAUGCUCCAAGCUCGCGUCUCUACAACUUUUUUGACCCGAUUGCUGACCACAUCCACAGCGUGGAGCUGAAGCAGGGCCGCACGCUGCUGCACUGCGCCGCCGGGGUGAGCCGCUCCGCCACACUCUGUCUGGCCUACCUCAUGAAGUACCACGCCAUGUCGCUGCUAGAUGCCCACACGUGGACCAAGUCUUGCCGCCCCAUCAUCCGGCCCAACAAUGGCUUUUGGGAACAACUUAUCCACUAUGAGUUCAAGCUGUUCAGCAAGAACACCGUACACAUGAUCAACUCCCCGGUGGGCGUGAUCCCUGACAUCUACGAGAAAGAGGUCCGUUUGAUGCCGAUGUGAACAGCACCUGACCAUGACCAUCCGCUGAUAAUCCUACACCAACACUGAACUCGAACGGUGAAAUUUUGUUGGUAAAGAAAACAAGAUGAUGCCUUUUAGAAGGGCCAGCCAAAACUGAGGGUUGUUGGGAGUUUUUAGCUUAGUAAGCUUUAUCUUUAAAGAAUAAAAUGCAUU